AUGCCGUCACCACCAGCCGACGAACACUCAACCACGAACCCCCUUCCGCCUCCGCCAUCGAUAAAAGGCAUCGACCACCUCAAACUCCCCGUCCACUCCCUAACCAAAACCCGCGACUUCUACACAACCAUACUUCCCUUCACCCUCAUCCCAGCCUACGACCACCGCACGCCACCGGCGGCCUUUUCGCCAGAUCCUCACCCACAAACCCACGAACCUCCUUCUCGAGCUCCGCUACGACCCCGACCAAGCCAGCGCCCAACGCGGCUCGGACCCCAUCACCUGGGCAAGCACAGUCGCGUGCUGAUGGGCUUGAAGAGCUGGGUCAUGGCUUGUGAGGAUCCGGAUGGGAGGAUUGUGAGGUUGUAUGUGCAGGAUGAGGAGCAUAAGUGGACGAGUAAGCCGGAUCGGGAUGAGAGGUGGCUUGGGACUGUGGUCGCUGAUCCUGGUGAGUGA